CUCGCCCUCCGCUUGGCAGAUCUCAACAGCUUUACCUGCGCUCCACCUCGUGAAGCGAGCCGCGAUUCCUUCCAAAACUGCUCUCAGAGCCUCUGACGACGACGCACACUGUCAGCCAGCCCGCAGAUCCACGCAGCAGGCUGAGCAGCAGAGACAACUGAAUUCUUUUCAAAUCCCGGAGCGGAUUCCGCACAGAAGCCCACAACCACACCCCACCCGUCGAAUCUUCAUCUUCCUCCUCGUCGUCGCAGCGGCGGUCAUGGGGAACAGCAUAUACCGGUUCCUCUGCGGCGUCUGCUCCGACCUCUCCGACGCCGCCUUCACCCCGCACGGCGCCCACGACUCCGUCGCCAGGCUCGGCCAGGACAUCCUCAAUUUCCAGCGAACCAAGCAGGUCCCGGAAGGGCUCGGCCGGCAUGUCGUCUCCUCCCAGAACGCGCAGGCCAACUGGUACAAGAAGCUGCAAGUGGCAUGGAAGAAGGCCAGGCCGACCCCGACGACGCCGGAGGACGCCGCGCAGCUCGUCGUGCUCACGCUCAAGAACCAUCAGAAGGCAGAUGUCGAGGGCUUCCUCGCCUUCUACGGCCUGCCACAGCCAAACGGGGCAGCACCAUCGGCACCAGCACCAUCAGCUCCUGCCCCGGCGGCUCACACCACUGCCCCCACGCACAAGCCAGUCAAGGCCGAGCUGCACACGCUCCCGGUGGACGCCAAGGCGGUGGCGGACGGCGACACGGUCACCGUGUACGUGGACGUGUCUGAACGCGGCGAGUCCGGCAGCGUGCCCGCGGACAUCAAGAAGGCCGCGGCGGAGCGGACCAAGGCGCGCGCCAAAAGGGACUACCCCACGGCCGACGCACUCCAGAAGACCAUUGCCGACGCCGGUUACAGGCAAGUCCCGAACGCCAAGGGCCAGGAGGUGCUCGCCAGGAAGUACAGGAUCAGGCUAAGUGGGAUUGACGCACCCGAGAGUGCGAUGCCCUAUGGCAAGGAGGCGAAAGAGGCGCUCCUGAAGCUUGUGGAGGGGAAAUGUCUGACGGUGCACAUCUACGACACCGACCGCUACGGCAGGUCCGUCGGGGACCUCCACGCCGGUGGGGUGUUCGUGCAGGAGCAAAUGUUGAAGAAAGGCUUCGCAUGGCACUACGCUGCCUAUGAUAAACGCGCGGAACUUGCCAAGUGGCAGAGUCAAGCGCAGGCCGCCCACAGGGGCCUGUGGGCGUCGAAGAAGCCACAGGAGCCGUGGGAGUACAGGAAGGCCAAGCGCAAUGGCGGUGCGUGAUCGUUCGACAGGCUGCAUACAGAGCUCUUCCAUAUGUUGGAGUACUGUUAAUUGUGUGUAUGUUGUAACCAUGAACGGCUGAUUGAUUCAUACCCUACACUGCUGACUCAUAACCCAGAGCAGCACCUGCACCUCUGUACAAUUAGUGUGUAGUAAGAAAAACUAGCUAGCGCAGGGUCGUGAAGCAGGAGGGACACAUUGAUUUGUUGGCGUGUUGUGUUGUUGUAUGUGAUUUGGGUAACAAUGUUGUACACUUGCUCGCAUUGGACCGCUGAUGUUGUUGUAAAACAGAAACUGAUUUCUGGGUUUUUUUU